AUGAUAUAUCCGAUAAUAACUGCAAUCAUCCUGACUGAGAGAAGUACCUAAUACUGCCUGUACUAUCAUCAAAAGGAAGACUCUUCCAACUUGAAGGCACAAUUAGACAUCCAGAAAUUAUUGUUUUGGAUUAUUCCGAUUUUUCUUUAUUUAGGCUAUAGUUUUACGAUAAUAAAAUAAAUUAAGUAGCUCUUGGCUGAGGAUGACGAUAAAAAAGAGUUAUAUGGAGAGGUUAAGAAAUUGAUCAAACAAAUAUUCCUCUUUCCAACGAUUACUUUUAUUUGUACUUUUAGUUUUACAAUAGAAGACAUCCAAUCUCUAUUUUCUCAUAGAGUAGGAUCGAUCUAAACAACAAUAUCAUUUGUAUUCCUGAGUUUUUGGGGUUUUUUUAAUUGCGUAGCUUAUUUGAGUCAAGAGCCUGUAAAAUAACAAAUAUUGGAGUGGUUGAGAAUGAACAAAUAGAAUCAACAAUGUACAAUUAAAUCAUAUAUUUAGAGAGUUCCAGAUAGCUGA